UCAGGAGUAGCAAACAGGAGUCAGAAAGUUUUUCGUGUCGCUGCUGGUUGAAACAUUCGUGACAGCUCUGACUUUACUUUUAUCUCAGCAGGUUGAUAGCUAACAGCCUCUGAAGAGCCAUGGACGAGGUGACAGGAGCUCAGCUGAUUGCCGAGUCUCUAAAGGCUCAGAAAGUGGACUACAUGUUUGGGAUAGUCGGUGUUCCUGUCAUUGAAGUGGCCAUGGCUGCUCAGGCUGCAGGGAUCAGAUAUGUGGGAAUGCGCAACGAACAAGCGGCAUGCUAUGCAGCAUCUACCAUUGGAUACCUCACAGGGAGACCAGGUGCCUGUCUGGUGGUGUCUGGACCUGGACUCAUUCAUGCUCUGGGUGGAAUGGCCAAUGCUAACAUGAACUGCUGGCCAGUGGUUGUUAUUGGAGGGUCCUCGGAUCAAAACCAGGAAACAGCAGGAGCCUUUCAGGAGUUUCCUCAGGUGGAGGCAUGUCGCCUUUAUAGCAAGUUCUCUGCUAGACCCAGCAGCCUGGAGGCCAUCCCCUCGGUGAUAGAGAAGGCAGUUCGCACAAGCAUGUAUGGGCGUCCAGGUGCUUGUUAUGUGGACAUUGCAGGAGACAUGGUCAAUGCUAAAGUGGACAGGAGCAACGUCAGAGUUGUGUCCUGCUGUCCAACUCCACCCGUGAGUCUGGCUGACCACAGUGCAAUCACUGAAGCCGUCUCAGUCUUGAAAGCAGCUAAAAGACCCUUAGUCAUCAUUGGAAAAGGAGCAGCCUAUAGCCGAGCAGAAACUGCCCUGAAAGAGUUUGUGGAAAUGAGUGGUCUGCCAUUUCUGCCCACCCCUAUGGGCAAAGGGGUCCUACCUGAUGAUCACCAUAAAUGUGUGGCUGCUGCCCGCUCGAGAGCUCUUCUUCAGGCAGACGUUGUGCUUCUGCUUGGAGCCAGACUAAAUUGGAUCCUGCAUUUUGGUCUGCCACCUAGAUUUGACCCUGAUGUCAAGAUCAUCCAGGUUGACCUUUGUGCUGAGGAGAUGGGGAACAAUGUGAGGCCUGCUGUUGCUCUCCUGGGAGACAUCAAUGCUAUUGUCAUUCAGCUCCUGGAGUGUGUCCGUAAAGAUGGCUGGAAAUAUCCAUCCGGCACACAGUGGUGGAGCACACUGAAGGACAAAAUUGCUGCUAAUGCAAAAAUAUCAAAAACGCUCGCUCUUCAGUCAACUGUGCCCAUGAACUACUACACAGUGUUUCAUCACGUUUCCCAGCUGCUGCCACACGACUGUAUCAUCGUCAGUGAGGGUGCAAACACGAUGGACAUUGGACGCACCAUGUUGAACAACUACCUACCUCGACACAGGUUGGAUGCUGGCACAUUCGGAACAAUGGGAGUAGGCCUUGGCUUUGCUAUAGCAGCAGCCACUUUGGAGAGGAGCGAGAAUAAAGGCCAGAGGAUAGUCUGUGUGGAAGGAGACAGUGCCUUUGGUUUUUCUGGUAUGGAGGUUGAAACCAUGUGCAGGUACAAUCUUCCCGUGGUCAUCAUUGUGGUCAAUAACAAUGGUAUUUACAGCGGAGUGGAUCCUGAGACGUGGAAAGAAAUGGCAAAGAUGGGUGAUCUGACCUCUAUAGCCCCACCGGUGACCCUCCUACCUGAGGCGCGCUAUGAUGAGGUCAUGACAGCAUUUGGAGGUCGAGGGUUCCUGGUGAGGACGGUGGAGGAGCUGCGCAGUGCUCUACAGCUUAGCUUAAGUGACUGGGAGAGACCGAGUCUCCUAAAUGUCCUUAUCGACCCGUCCUCUGACAGAAAACAGCAGGAGUUCCCUUGGCUCACACGCUCCAACUUAUAGACUGAAAGACGGAGGAUCUUCCUUCGCUGUCCAGAACAUUAACGGAACAGAAGUGACAGUUUUCCCUUAGAAAAAAAUCAAACUGGGAAAAUAUAACACUGCUUUUGUUUUUUUGAUUUCCGUGAAAUAACUGAAUUUUUUUUUAUUGAUUCUAACUACACAGUAGUAUUAAAAUUAACAAAACCACCAACAACAUUUUACACAUACAGUGAAUGUUAUUUGUAUAAUUGUAAUAAGUGAUAUGGCUCAUAAACCUAUUAAAAAUGAAAAUGUC